AUGUCUCAAUCUCGCUUAGUUUUAGACAGUAACCCAGUGGGUUUUAAGUCCAGGCUAUCCGCAAGAAUCAGCUGGAGAACUGCUGUGAUAUUCGGAAUUCCUCUUGGCAUCGCUGGAAUAGCCCUGUAUCUUCAUUACAUCAGAAAUAAAAAGCAAACACGCGCAACAGAACUUACACCUGAGACACCUUUAGAGGCUGCUUUAGCAUUAAAGCUGAAAGGAAAUAAAUUUUUCAAAGGUGGACAAUAUGCUCAAGCAAUCAGUUUAUACGAUGAAGGACUUGAAAAGUGCCCUGUAGAAGCAGUUCAAGAACGUGCUGCAUUCUAUCAAAAUCGUGCAGCAGCUAAAGAGAAUCAACGCCAGUAUGAAUCAGCUAUUGAAGAUUGUUCUCUUGCAUUGUCAUUAUCGCCGAAUUAUUUAAAGGCAUUAAAUCGUCGAGCACAUUUAUAUGAAAAAUUAGAAAAAUGGGAUGAAUGCCUAUUAGAUGUUACAGCGUGUUGUAUUUUUGAAAAAUUCAAAAAUGCUGAUAAUAUCGUUUGUAUGGACCAGAUCCUAAAAAAAAUUGGGCAGCAGAAAGCUCAAGAAGAGCGCGCUAAACUGUUACACGAGUUACCCUCAGCCUCAUUUAUCCGUAACUAUUUAAGCGCUUUUGCAUGUAAUCCAUUCGUUGCUAUAAAUCCACAAGUAUGUAAAAAAAGUUCCAGAUCUGAAAGUACAACUAACGGUACAACAGCUACCGAUGAGCAUGUUUCAUCAGAUAGUUCAAUUAUUAUUAAUGAUAAUAAUUUAUACGAUCCAUUAAAUUAUAAAGAACCUGUUCAAUCAGCUCUUAAAACGUUAAACGCAUCGUUGGAUUAUAUGUCUAAAGGUGAAUAUGCUCAAUCAGCUGAAUAUGUUAUGAAAGCUGUUUCAUUAUUUGAAUCUGUCCUGUCUGAAAAGUCAUUUGAUAGUGAUGCCAAAGAUUAUCUGAUCUCUCCGGUGGGUGAUAAAAGGGACUCAUUGAAUCAUGAUCUAAUAAAACCUGGCAACGGUGAUGAUGAUGUUUCUCGGAAAACAAAUGGUCAUGACGAAAACAGCAACACCGAGGAGGAAAAUAAUACUGUCACGAAGCCUGGGACACCACUAGCCACAAACCCCGAUGGUAAUACCAUUACCUGUACUAGUGAUACGGAGACUAGUGAAUCUGUAAAAGCGCAUAUUAAAGAAGUAUACAAUCAAGCCUUAUUAUUACAUGCAACUUAUCAAGCAUUAGCUGGUCGAUCUGAAGAGGCAAAAGAACGCUUUCAAACUAUUGGUGCUAGUGAUUCAGGCGCUUCGUUGUUAGUUCGUGUGAAUGCAUUAAUUAAGUGCGCUUGCUUAUCAAUGUCUGUUGAUCAGGAUGUUGCUGCAUGCCUGUAUGACUUUCAACGUGCACAAAGUGCUUGGUCUGAAUGUCCAGAUGUUUACUUACAUCGUGGUCAAAUCAAUCUGUUAUCUGAUCAAUUAGAUGAAGCUUUGCAUGACUUGAAUAUGGCUGUGAAAUUGAAACCAGAGUUUUCAGUUGCUCAGGCUCAACGGUUGUAUACCCUGUAUCGAUGUGCAUUGAGUUCUGGAGAUAUGAGUAAAGUGAAUUCUCGUGUAGAUGAAUUUCGCCGAUUAGUGAAAAAGUAUCCCAGUUGCCUUGAAACUCAUUCAUUAUUUGCUCAGAUUUUGACAGAACGUGGUGAAUUCGCUGAAAGUGAUAAAGUUUUUGCUGAUCUGAUCUCUCUUGCACCAGAUUCAGGCUUGGCCUAUGCUCAUCGUGGUCUGUUACAACUUCGAUGGAAACAAGAUCGUGAUGGAGCAUAUCGCUUCUUUUUAGAAGGUACUAAAAGAGACCCAAAGUGCGAAUUAAUCCAUGAGCUACUGGGUCAGUUGGCUGUUGAAAAAGGUCAAUUCAAUGAAGCGCUGAAACAUUUUGAUAUUGCUGUUAAACAGGCUAAAACACAAAAUGAUUUAGCUCAUUUAGUUGCCUUACGUGAAGGUGUCAAUGCUCAAUUGAAAGUAUGCGAAAAAUAUAAAAUAUCUAUACCAGAUGUAGUUGCCAGUAUACAACAAGAACAACAAAGAUUUCUAAUGGGUAUGCAAGGUGGGAGUGUAUAA